UUAAACCCGUCUUACGGGUUAUCAUCAGAAACGAAGGAAGCGAUAACCAACACACCGGCUUUUUACGGUUCUCUCGUCAUAAUUUUACCGAAUUUUAACGCAUUUUAUUUUCCCAGCAUUGUAAUUUUACCAGGAACAAAGUCUAGAGACCAUGCGGGUAAACGUUCGCAUUGAAGGAGAAUGGAUCGUGGUUCCAUGUGAGGAAGACAACAACAAUUCGAUUCAGUCACUGGUUGAUAAAUGCCUGCUACGAAGAAAGUCUAUUUCCAAACCCUUCGAUUCGAAUUCCGAGUCAUUUGAGGUUCGAUUAGCCGAAAGCACUGGCCUGCUCUCACCGACUGACAUAGUCAGAGACGUUCUGAAAGACAAUGACUUCAUCUGGCUUGAAAAAAACAACACUUCUCAGUCUCAAAGAGAGAUAAAUGGUUUGGAGAAGAAUCAUGUUCCGCUUGAGCCAGAGUGUAAAUUUGUUGCAUUGGACGGCGAGACCCUUUCUACUGAUGUUCUCGUUAAACUUGGGAAAGGAGGUCUAAAAAUCAAACUAACAGAAGAAUCCGAGAAAAGAAUCAACAAAGCUCGGGCUCUUCUCGAUGAAAUCGUCAGGGAGAAUAGAGUUUCGUACGGAGUAACUACUGGUUUUGGCAAAUUUGCUCAAGUUGUCAUCUCCAAAGAUAAGCUACAAGACCUCCAACAAAACUUGGUUCGCUCCCACGCCGUAGGUGUCGGCAACCCGCUAACUCUAGAGAGAACACGCAUGCUACUAGCACUGAGAAUUAACGUCCUGGCGAAAGGAUACAGCGGUAUCUCACUUGAAACACUUCAACAAUACAUUGAAGCAUACAACAAGUCAUUACUCCCACGAGUCCCAGAACAGGGCACAGUGGGCGCGAGCGGGGACCUCGCCCCCCUGGCUCACCUCGCCCUGGGGAUCAUGCUAGGAGAAGGACAGAUGUGGAGUCCGAAAAGCGGAUGGGCGGAUGCUAAACUGGUGCUUGAGGCUCAUGACAUGAAGCCAGUUGAACUUGGGCCGAAAGAGGGUAUCGCACUUAUCAACGGCACGCAACUCAUUACUGCCCUUGGAGCAGAAGCGCUUGAGCGAUCUUUCGCCAUCGCUAGACAAGCCAACAUCAUAGCAGCCAUGUCGGUGGAAGUUCUCAAAGGAAGCUCCAGGGCGUUUGACUUUGAUGUUCACAGAGUGCGUCCCCACAAGGGACAGGGUAAGGUGGCAGAGACACUGCGAGCUGUUCUUCACUCAGACAUACAUCCAUCCGAAAUAGCAGAAAGCCAUCGGUUCUGUAAUCGUGUCCAGGACGCUUACACGCUUCGCUGCUGUCCACAGGUGCACGGAAUUGUAUUUGAUACGAUCGAGUUUGUCCGGGGCAUCUUAACAACGGAGAUCAAUAGUGCCACCGAUAACCCGAUUGUAUUUGUCGAUCGCGAGGAGAUCAUCUCUGGAGGGAACUUCCACGGCGAGUACCCUGCGAAGGCUCUCGACUACCUUGCUAUAGGAGUACACGAGCUCGCGAGUAUGAGUGAGCGUCGACUAGAGCGUCUCAUGAAUCCCGCCUACAGCGAACUUCCUGCUUUCCUGGUUAAAAAUGGUGGCUUAAACUCUGGAUUUAUGAUGGCUCACUGCACAAGCGCAGCCCUAGUAUCGGAGAAUAAAGUCCUAUGCCAUCCCUCCUCGGUCGACUCCCUCAGCACUUCAGCAGGGCAGGAAGAUCAUGUGUCCAUGGGCGGGUUCUCCGCCAGAAAGGCUUUGCUUGUUGUCGAGAACGUAGAGAGAGCUCUCGCCAUCGAACUUCUCGCUGCCUGCCAAGGGAUAGAGUUCCUGCGCCCCCUCAAGACUACAGAGCCCCUAGAGGCUUUGCACAAACUCGUGAGAUCGAGAGUCGAGCCACUAGAGACUGACCGUUUCAUGGCUCCUGAUAUUGACGCCGUCACACAACUCCUACGGGAAGAAAAGGCUUGGGAGGUAGUCGCCCCGUUUGUAAGAGAUUACCGGAUAAAGCAAACCAACGGACAAAUGGAAGAUGGAAGGUACUCCCCAACCUCGUCCACCCUGGCGUAAGCAGUGAAGGCAAGCGGAUCACUUGUUCCAGGAGCGACUUGGAAGACAAGCUGAUCACUUGUUCCAGGAGCGACAUGGAAGACAUGUUGAUUACUGGUUCCGCCGACUUGUAGACACGUUAAUUUCUUGUUCUAGGAUUGAAUUGGAAGACACGAUGAUCCCUUUAAUGAGCGAACGAAGACCAUUCGUUCAAUUUUCAAGUAGAGACUAGGAAGACAAGUGUAUUGGAUUAGAGUAAGGGGCUCGGGUUUUACUUAUCAGAAACAGCUUUUACAGCUUUGGUUUAAAUCCAAUAGGUAUUUAUGGAUGUAAUAUGAAUACAAAGAAUCCUUUGAACUCUAUUUAUUCCUUUUAAUGGUUAUUUAUAAAGGUUAACUAACAUUUUAUUUAAUAUUUUUGUUCUGGACCUAGUCUAUCAGUAGUAUGGUAUCCUAAAUACGAGCCAACAUCAAAUUUCAGUUUUUGUAUCAGUUGUUGUUUUAUGGGAAGUCCAAUAAAAUUGAUGCAAUCAUGUGA